AUGUCUCGUGUGCCAGAAGUUACACUGGCUGACUUCCAUCCUGUCGCAGCCUUACUGCUGGUCUGCGCAAUCAGUUUAGCUCAAGGAAAUGAUAUUGAGCUAAAUGAGAAUGGUUGCCCGAUAGACCACACUAUUGAAAAACUUUAUCCCCACGAAAACUGUAACAAAUUCUACCAAUGCACGCACGGAAAUCUUGUAGUAAAGAAAUGUGCGUCGAACCUCUUCUUUGAUGUUGAAAAACAAGAAUGUGAUUGGUCUGAAACAGUAGACUGCGGUGAUAGGGUUGUCCCAGACGAGAAGGAAGAUGAGGACUGUGAUGAGAACGAAAACGAGAAUGGGGACGGCAAUGAAGAUGGCGAUGAUAACAAUGGAUCUUGCAACUGUAACCCCGGUGAGGCGCCAUCGAUUUGUGGUCGGGAAGGGUCUGACGGGGUUUUAAUCGCACACGAAAAUUGCAACCAGUUUUAUAAAUGCUUCAAUGGCAAACCCGUUACAGUAAACUGUCCCGGAAACCUUCUAUACAAUCCACACAAAGAAAUAUGUGAUUGGCCCGAAAACGUUGAAUGUGGUGACAGAGUAAUUCCAGAAUGUGAUGACGAUGACAAUGGCGGAGACGGUGGUGGCGAUGACAGUGGUGGAACUUGCAACUGCAACCCCGGUGAAGCACCUUCGAUUUGCGGUCGGGAAGAUUCUGACGGAGUCUUAAUCGCACACGAAAACUGCAACCAGUUCUACAAAUGUUUCAAUGGAAAACCCGUCACAAUGAACUGUCCCGGCAACCUUCUCUACAAUCCACACAAAAGAAUAUGUGAUUGGCCCGAAAAUGUUGAUUGUGGAGACAGAGUAAUUCCAGAAUGUGAUAACGAUGACAAUGGCGGAGGCGGAGGCGGUGGAGGCGGAGGCGGUGAAGGUGGUGGCGAUGACAAUGAUGGAACUUGCAAUUGCAACCCCGGUGAAGCACCUUCGAUUUGCGGUCGGGAAGAUUCUGACGGAGUCUUAGUCGCACACGAAAACUGCAACCAGUUCUACAAAUGUUUCAAUGGUAAACCCGUCACAAUGAACUGUCCCGGCAACCUUCUCUACAAUCCACACAAAAGAAUAUGUGAUUGGCCCGAAAAUGUUGAUUGUGGAGACAGAGUAAUUCCAGAAUGUGAUGACGAUGACAAUGGCGGAGGUGGUGGAGGCGGCGGUGGCGGAGGAGGUGGAGGCAGAGGUGGCGGAGGCGGCGGAGGUGGAGGUGGUGGAGGCGGAGGCGGCGACGGUGGUGGCGAUGACAAUGAUGGAACUUGCAACUGCAACCCUGGUGAAGCACCUUCGAUUUGCGGUCGGGAAGGUUCUGAUGGAGUCUUAGUCGCACACGAAAACUGCAACCAGUUCUACAAAUGUUUCAAUGGAAAACCCGUCACAAUGAACUGUCCCGGCAACCUUCUCUACAAUCCACACAAAAGAAUAUGUGAUUGGCCCGAAAAUGUUGAUUGUGGAGACAGAGUAAUUCCAGAAUGUGAUGACGAUGACAAUGGCGGAGGUGGUGGAGGCGGCGGUGGCGGAGGAGGUGGAGGCGGAGGCGGCGGAGGCGGCGGAGGUGGAGGUGGUGGAGGCGGAGGCGGUGAAGGUGGUGGCGAUGACAAUGAUGGAACUUGCAACUGCAACCCCGGUGAAGCACCUUCGAUUUGCGGUCGGGAAGGUUCUGAUGGAGUCUUAGUCGCACACGAAAACUGCAACCAGUUCUACAAAUGUUUCAAUGGAAAACCCGUCACAAUGAACUGUCCCGGCAAUCUUCUCUACAAUCCACACAAAAGAAUAUGUGAUUGGCCCGAAAAUGUUGAUUGUGGAGACAGAGUAAUUCCAGAAUGUGAUGACGAUGACAAUGGCGGAGGUGGUGGAGGCGGCGGAGGCGGAGGAGGUGGAGGCGGAGGCGGCGGAGGCGGUGGAGGUGGUGGCGAUGACAAUGAUGGAACUUGCAACUGCAACCCCGAUGAAGCACCUUCGAUUUGCGGUCGGGAAGGUUCUGAUGGAGUCUUAGUCGCACACGAAAACUGCAACCAGUUCUACAAAUGUUUCAAUGGAAAACCCGUCACAAUGAACUGUCCCGGCAACCUUCUCUACAAUCCACACAAAAGAAUAUGUGAUUGGCCCGAAAAUGUUGAUUGUGGAGACAGAGUAAUUCCAGAAUGUGAUGACGAUGACAAUGGCGGAGGCGGCGGAGGCGGUGGAGGUGGUGGCGAUGACAAUGAUGGAACUUGCAACUGCAACCCCGGUGAAGCACCUUCGAUUUGCGGUCGGGAAGGUUCUGAUGGAGUCUUAGUCGCACACGAAAACUGCAACCAGUUCUACAAAUGUUUCAAUGGAAAACCCGUCACAAUGAACUGUCCCGGCAACCUUCUCUACAAUCCACACAAAAGAAUAUGUGAUUGGCCCGAAAAUGUUGAUUGUGGAGACAGAGUAAUUCCAGAAUGUGAUGACGAUGACAAUGGCGGAGGCGGUGAAGGUGGUGGCGAUGACAAUGAUGGAACUUGCAACUGCAACCCCGGUGAAGCACCUUCGAUUUGCGGUCGGGAAGGUUCUGAUGGAGUCUUAGUCGCACACGAAAACUGCAACCAGUUCUACAAAUGUUUCAAUGGAAAACCCGUCACAAUGAACUGUCCCGGCAACCUUCUCUACAAUCCACACAAAAGAAUAUGUGAUUGGCCCGAAAAUGUUGAUUGUGGAGACAGAGUAAUUCCAGAAUGUGAUAACGAUGACAAUGGCGGUGAAGGUGGUGGCGAUGACAAUGAUGGAACUUGCAAUUGCAACCCCGGUGAAGCACCUUCGAUUUGCGGUCGGGAAGAUUCUGACGGAGUCUUAGUCGCACACGAAAACUGCAACCAGUUCUACAAAUGUUUCAAUGGUAAACCCGUCACAAUGAACUGUCCCGGCAACCUUCUCUACAAUCCACACAAAAGAAUAUGUGAUUGGCCCGAAAAUGUUGAUUGUGGAGACAGAGUAAUUCCAGAAUGUGAUGACGAUGAUAAUGGCGGCGACGGUGGUGGCGAUGACAAUGAUGGAACUUGCAACUGCAACCCCGGUGAAGCACCUUCGAUUUGCGGUCGGGAAGGUUCUGAUGGAGUCUUAGUCGCACACGAAAACUGCAAUCAGUUCUACAAAUGUUUCAAUGGAAAACCCGUCACAAUGAACUGUCCCGGCAACCUUCUCUACAAUCCACACAAAAGAAUAUGUGAUUGGCCCGAAAAUGUUGAUUGUGGAGACAGAGUAAUUCCAGAUUCUUGCAACUGCAACCCCGGUGAAGCACCUUCGAUUUGCGGUCGGGAAGGUUCUGAUGGAGUCUUAGUCGCACACGAAAACUGCAACCAGUUCUACAAAUGUUUCAAUGGAAAACCCGUCACAAUGAACUGUCCCGGCAACCUUCUCUACAAUCCACACAAAAGAAUAUGUGAUUGGCCCGAAAAUGUUGAUUGUGGAGACAGAAUAAUUCCAGAAUGUGAUGACGAUGACAAUGGCGGAGGUGGUGGAGGCGGCGGAGGCGGAGGAGGUGGAGGUGGAGGUGGCGGAGGCGGCGGAGAUGGAGGUGGUGGAGGUGGAGGCGGCGACGGUGGUGGCGAUGACAAUGAUGGAACUUGCAACUGCAACCCCGGUGAAGCACCUUCGAUUUGCGGUCGGGAAGGUUCUGAUGGAGUCUUAGUCGCACACGAAAACUGCAACCAGUUCUACAAAUGUUUCAAUGGAAAACCCGUCACAAUGAACUGUCCCGGCAACCUUCUCUACAAUCCACACAAAAGAAUAUGUGAUUGGCCCGAAAAUGUUGAUUGUGGAGACAAAAUAAUUCCAGAAUGUGAUGACGAUGACAAUGGCGGAGGUGGUGGAGGCGGCGGAGGCGGAGGAGGUGGAGGCGGAGGCGGCGGAGGUGGAGGUGGUGGAGGCGGAGACGACGGAGGAAGUGGCGAUGACAAUGAUGGAACUUGCAACUGCAACCCCGGUGAAGCACCUUCGAUUUGCGGUCGGGAAGGUUCUGAUGGAGUCUUAGUCGCACACGAAAACUGCAACCAGUUCUACAAAUGUUUCAAUGGAAAACCCGUCACAAUGAACUGUCCCGGAAACCUUCUCUACAAUCCACACAAAAGAAUAUGUGAUUGGCCCGAAAAUGUUGAUUGUGGAGACAGAGUAAUUCCAGAAUGUGAUGACGAUGACAAUGGCGGUGAAGGUGGUGGCGAUGACAAUGAUGGAACUUGCAACUGCAAUUCCGGUGAAGCACCUUCGAUUUGCGGUCGGGAAGGUUCUGACGGAGUCUUAGUCGCACACGAAAACUGCAACCAGUUCUACAAAUGCUCCAAUGGCAAACCAGUCACAAUAAGCUGUCCCGGAAACCUUUUCUACAAUCCACACAAAAGAAUAUGUGAUUGGCCCGAAAAUGUUGAUUGUGGAGAGAGAGUAAUUCCAGAAUGUGCUGACGAUGACAAUGGCGGAGGUGGUGGUGGCGAUGACAAUGAUGGAACUUGCAACUGCAACCCCGGUGAAGCACCUUCGAUUUGCGGUCGGGAAGGUUCUGAUGGAGUUUUAGUUGCACACGAAAACUGCAACCAGUUCUACAAAUGCUCCAAUGGCAAACCAGUCACAAUAAGCUGUCCCAGCAACCUUCUCUACAAUCCAUACAUAAGAAUAUGUGAUUGGCCCGAAAAUGUUGAUUGUGGAGACAGAGUAAUUCCAGAUUGCAACUGCAACCCCGGUGAAGCACCUUCGAUUUGCGGUCGGGAAGGUUCUGAUGGAGUCUUAGUCGCACACGAAAACUGCAACCAGUUCUACAAAUGCUCCAACAACGAACCUGUUUCAAUGGAUUGCCCCGUUAAUCUUUUUUACAAUCCUUACAAACAAAUUUGUGAUUGGCCCGAAAACGUGAAAUGUGGCGAUAGAGUAAUACCAGAAUCAGGCAAUAAUAAUGGUGAUGGGAACAACAAUGGUGGAAAUGACGAUGACGCCGAUCAAGGAAGUUCUUGCAACUGCAACCCUCGUGCAGCACUACAAAUAUGUGAAGCAGCAAACUCCGAAGGCGAGUUGAUAGCUCAUGAAAAUUGUAAUCAAUUCUACAAAUGUUCUUUCGGAAAACCGAUUGCAUUCUCGUGUCCAGCAGGUCUUCAUUACAAUCCAUAUAAAGAAGUAUGUGAUUGGCCUGUUAACGUAGAUUGUGGAGACAGGAUAGCAACCCAAAGUGUCUCAUUGAAUAAGCACCUUGACACAGGAUUCAGAAAAACAUAUUUUUAA